UUUGCAAUUUUAGCGGGAGAGUUGUCCUUUUGCAAUGCGCGCGUUUGAUCUACUCCGAAGAAGGGAAAUUCUGUGAAAAAUUAUUAAUAAAAGUGCUUUAGUUUUUUCUCAUCUUAUUGAUCAACGAUUGGAAAUUAUUUUUGUGACUAAAUAGGAAAGAAAUUUAAUUGAAAAAAAUCCUUUUAAAAUGAAGAAAUUUUUGGAGAUCAGGUUGGAGAUUGAAAAACAUAUUAUGACGCCCAGGUAAUCUUUUCACUUGAACUAUUUUUCUUUAAGAUUAAGAAAUGAUUAAUGAAGACACUUUUGAUAAAAAAAAACUAAUUUUCUAUAUUCCAAAAAUUUUUGAUGAGCUUUUAAAUUAAAAUUUGAUAAUUUUAUGAGGCUCUCCCUUCUUUCGAUUGCUUUUUUAACGUAAAAUGCUCACGUGGGUCACCAGAGCACCAUUUUCUCUCAUCCAGAAUUUUUCUUCUCAAGCAUACAAUCAAUUCAAGAAAAUUUCUUUUUUAAUGGAAAAUCUAUUAAGCUCGAGAAAUUGAUAGAGAGUUAACAUGUUUUAUUAUUUAGACGACAGACAACGUAGAAUAACAUUCUGAAUCAUUCCUUUUCUCUGUUGAUUACUUAAUGCAUCAAGUGUUUAGAAAAUCUCAUCACUUCUCACAAUUUCAUAAAAAUAAAUUUUUAGAGACUUAACAAAUAAUUUUCUUCAUGAAAUUGCAUUAUAUUAGGUCAUGCUUCAUUCAUAAAUGUGAUAAGAUAUUGCGCAAUUGUUAUCAAGAUUUUCUUAUCGAUCACUUUGGCUCUUCAAUUCUUAGAACUCUCAAAUAUUUUCUCGAUUUUCCAAAGAAACUUUAUCUUAGGUAAACAUUCUUCUUUCAUUUAUCAAUUUCUCAAUCUCAAUGAAUUUCCUAUAAAUGGAGAAAUUUUCCGCAAUUCUUCAACAAUAUUCUCGGCGCAGUUCUUCACACGGAAAGAAGUUCUUUUAGUUUUGAAAGAGAAGAAAAAUGAAUCGUUUAGUUUUCCUUUUGGUGGUUGUUUGUGCAGCAGGAUUCGUCCUGUCUGAUGCGGAUGAUGUUUCUGCGAAGAUUCGCAUUGUGGACAGCAUUAGUGACUUCAAGUUAGCCAAUCCGGAUGUGCAGCUGAUGAAAUUGGAUUCACAAUCAGUGAGAGCUGGGAAGACUAUUCACUACAGUCUUGGCGGGAGAGUGGCUGGAGAUCGUCUUGUGGGGACAUCCCGUGGUAGCCAUAGCUGGGCAUUCCCACAAAAUAUUCAACUUUCACUCAAUUAUCCCACAAAUGGGGGCUCUGGUGCUGUUGUGACCUACGUGAGCAUCCACGUGAAUCAAACAUCGAAUCAAGGGAGAGGAUACGUACUUAAUGGUGGCAUUGGACAGAGAUUUAUUAGCAUAAUCAUUGAAGCUAAUAACACGCUCAAUUUUUCCUACAAUGCUGAAAUCUACGGGGUUUGAGGGCCCCUCAAACAUAAAAAGAAAAAAAAAAUUGAUCAAUUUUUGUGCUUGAAAUCUUUUGAAUUUGAAGAGAUUUUCCUUAGAUUUAUGAUGAAAUAAAGUGCAGUAUUUAUGAAAUAAAUACUGCUAAUUUCUCUAUUUUCGUCCCUAAUUUUUUGUGAUAGUUUCCCCCCUUAAAUUACUCCAUUCUAAGCCAUUGAUAACUUCUAAUAAGAUUGAAGACAUGUUAGAAAUGCAGAAAAUUAAAUUGAAUAUUUUUCUUGAUAAAAAAUUAAAGUUUUCUGAUCAAUUUUUAAUCAAUAGCAAUAAAUUUAGAGACACAUAAAUUCCAGAAAAGGAGAAAAGCUUGAGGAUUUGUUUUACUUUUGAAAUAUGUUGAUUCUAUUUAUGCAAUUUUACGAUAUAUUGUCGUAUUAAGUAUGUAAUCUAGAUAUAAUGCCUUAAUUUGCUACAAACAUAAAAAAUCUUGUAGUUAUUGCGGUUUGUCUUUAAAAUCUCUGAUUUAUUUAUCAUUUAUCGUUUCAAUAAACAUUCAAGCUUUUUUUUUA